UCACAUCUGUCUUAUACUUUGCGUAUUAUCCCAGUUGCGACGAACCUAUACGAGGGUGCCAGAUGGGUUGAUCAUUCAACCAUCGCGUGCUUUCGACCUCUCGAAGCCACCAUUUCGUUGCAAUGCGCUCCGAGUACUCAGCCUCGUUACUUCUGCUCUUCGCAAGAAGCGCAGCUACAGCUCAGUGCGCCGCACCUCCACUCAACCUUCCCAUACGAACCACCUCAGUCGUCCCCGGAAUCUUGUCUCACGGUAUACCCAUUUCCGUAGGCACACCACCACAACACAUGGUUCUCACACCGUCACUACAACUCGACACGCCCUUCAUCCCGCGGUACACAAACUCCUGCAUCUACGCAGACGAUACAACUGUGCCAGCAAGCGACACAAGAUGGACAGACCAAGAUGGCAAAUUUGUGUGCGCGGACAUCUACGGAGGCGGUUACGUCCCCCAGCUAUCCAUAUCAUUUUUCGACAAUAGCACAAACAGUUACGUAGGCGAGAGAUGGUUUAAGAAAACUCGGUUCUCAGAGUGGCGGUUCAUGGCCGACAGCUUCACGUUCACCGACUACAUCGAAGCCUAUGCGGUUCAAAACGACGUCCUGCCUGAUACACGGAAUGUAAUGACUUCGUUUUUACUAACGAACGAAGGCGUGACGUUCGGUGGUCUGGGCAGCUCUGCGCUUAGUCUUACGCCUGGAUCGCGGGUGCUGGAGACGCUGGUUGCGGAGGGCAUGGUACCGAGCAAGAGCUGGAGUCUGUCGAACGCAAGCUUGUGUCUGGGAUGUGUUGAUGAGAAUGCAUAUACCGGCGAGUUUCAGAAUUUCAAGGUUGCGGAUCGGAGUAAAGAUGGUGGGCUGCCGUGUUUGUUGCAGGUGAGAGUCAAGUCGCUUGAUUACCACGAUGGGCCGACGAGUGAGGGCGUGCCACUAAUUGAGAAUGCGUUUACUGCAUGUGUCGAUCCAGGCGUGCGGUUCCUAGUACUUUCCAAGGACGUGCGCGCAAAAUUGCAUGGAACCGAUGAAGAAGAUGCUCGAGCUCUCCUCGGUUCGAGACUCAGCGCUGCGGACUCUUCAAUCCCCAGCAGCGGUUUCUUGAGGUUCAAGCUGGAGGGUGGCCUUGAAGUUGACGUUGGGAACAUAAACGCCAGUACGGUAGAUGCAGCUUCGCUCGGUGAUCGAUUGCCUUCGAACGGAGAUGGUAGCUGGGGAGCAUAUGGUGUAGAUGUGCCAGUGAUAGGCAAACCGUUCACCGACUCUCUCAUUCUGAGAUGGGACGAAACAACGCAAGAGUAUGGAGUGGCAAACAGAAACCCAAAGACAGACGCAAAGAACAAUCUGAAGCCACUGGGCUGUGACGACUUCCCUUCGAUUAGCAAAGGUGCAGAAACAACGCCGAACGUAGGCAUCAUCACGGGUUCGAUCAUCGGUGGUUUCGUGGCAGGGCUCUUAUUCGCGACUGCGGCGGUGUUCUUUUAUUGGCGGGGCCAAAGGGGCGUCAAGAGCAAGUACGAGGCUAUGCGUGGUGAGGACGCAGUCUCACUGCGGACGGUCGACACUGAAAUGAGAGGGUCGCUACGAUUGAAUUUUGGCAAAAGAUCUAUUUCGCCAUUCACAGAGCCUUCCCUUGUUGGUGAUAGUCAGGUUUUCGAGGCACCAGAAGGAGGGACGGCAUGUCCGGCAAAACGCAACAGAGGCGAGAUGCACGUGUAUUCUUAUGAUCAUAGAUGAGGGAUAUAGUUGCUCCACUCCGGCGUCUUAUAAAUGGCUUCCGGCUGGCGUCUAAGGCAGAUGAAAGCCUCCACGACGAU